GGGCGCGAGGGCGCAGGCCCGGCGGGGUCUCUGCGCCCCCUUCCCCCAAGCCUCCCCGCCCCCACGGCGCAUUGCUUCUCUGCGCGCCCCCUUGGAGGUAGGGGACUGUCCUCCCGGGCGCACUCCGCCUUGCUUCGGGGAGCCGGGGCUCUUUGUGGGAAGAUCUUGGGAGCGCGCCCCUCCCCUCCUCCCCUGCUGCCGGGGGCUUCUGAGAGGCCCUUCCCACUAGCCCGCCCCCCUCUUCCGGCGCCGCCCGAAGCCCCAUUCUGAGACCCCCGGAAAGGGAAGACCUCCGUGCGGGCCCGCGACCCGGCUGAUAGGGGUCGUGACCCCUCGGGCCGAGGGGCUUUAUGACCCGCUCCGGGACAGGUGUGUGGGGCAAAGCGGCCUCGACCCUCAGCUGAAAUCCGUGAGGACCAGUCGUCCAGCAUGCUCUGCCCACCCCCCGCCGAGGCGCACUGACCAUGAGCCUCAACUCCUCCCUCAGCCACAGGAAGGAGCUGAGUAACCUCACCGAGGAGGACGGUGGCCAAGGGGGCGGCGUCGUCACCGAGUUCAUCGCCAUUGUCGUCAUCACCGUUUUCGUCUGCCUGGGCAACCUGGUAAUCGUGGUCACCUUGUACAGGAAGUCCUACCUCCUCACCCUCAGCAACAAGUUCGUCUUCAGCCUGACCCUGUCCAACUUCCUGCUGUCCGUGCUGGUGCUGCCUUUCGUGGCGACCAGCUCCAUUCGGAGGGAAUGGAUCUUCGGUGUGGUCUGGUGCAACUUCUCGGCCCUCCUCUACCUGCUCAUCAGCUCGGCCAGCAUGCUUACCCUCGGGGUCAUUGCCGUCGACCGCUACUAUGCUGUCCUGUACCCCAUGGUGUACCCCAUGAAGAUCACAGGCAACCGGGCCGUGGUGGCGCUUGCCUACAUCUGGCUUCACUCCCUCGUCGGCUGCCUGCCACCUCUAUUUGGUUGGUCAUCGGUGGAGUUUGACGAGUUCAAGUGGAUGUGUGUGGCCGCGUGGCACCGGGAGCCUGGCUAUACCGCCUUCUGGCAGAUCUGGUGUGCCCUGUUCCCCUUCCUGGUCAUGCUGGUGUGCUAUGGCUUCAUCUUCCGCGUGGCCAGGGUCAAGGCACGCAAGGUGCAUUGUGGCACCGUGGUCCUUGUGGAGGAGGAUGUGCACAGGAACGGGAGGAAGAACUCCAGCACCUCCACCUCUUCCUCGGGCAGUAGGAAGAACGCCUUUCAGGGCGUGGUCUAUUCGGCCAACCAGUGCAAAGCGCUCAUCACCAUCCUGGUGGUCAUUGGUGCCUUCAUGGUCACCUGGGGCCCCUACAUGGUCGUCAUCACCUCUGAGGCCCUCUGGGGGAAGAACUAUGUCUCCCCAACCCUGGAGACCUGGGCCACUUGGCUGUCCUUUACCAGUGCCAUCUGCCACCCCCUGAUCUAUGGACUCUGGAACAAGACGGUUCGCAAGGAACUACUGGGCAUGUGCUUUGGGGAUCGGUAUUACCGGGAACCGUUUGUGCAGCGGCAGAGGACUUCCAGGCUCUUCAGCAUUUCCAACAGGAUCACAGACCUGGGCCUGUCCCCACACCUCACGGCACUCAUGGCCGGCGGGCAGCCCCUGGGGAACAGCAGCAGCACGGGGGACACCGGCUUCAGCUGCUCUCAGGACUCAGGAACGGAUGUCAUGCUGCUCGAAGACUUCACGUCUGAUGACAACCCUCCCUCCCACACUUGCCCACCCAAGAGGCGGAGCUCAGUGACGUUCGAAGAUGAAGUGGAACAAAUCAGAGAAGCUGCCAAGAACCCUAUUCUUCACGUGAAAGCCGAAGUGCACAAGUCCUUGGACAGUUACGCAGCCAGCUUGGCCAAAGCCAUAGAGGCUGAAGCCAAAGUGAACUUAUUUGGGGAGGAGGCUUUGCCUGGGGUCUUGCUCGCAGCGCGGACCGUCCCCGGGGUUGGCUUUGGGAGCCGCCGAGGCAGCAGAACUCUCGCGAGUCAGAGGCUGCAGCUGCAGAGCAUCGAAGAGGGGAACGUUUUAGCCGCGGAGCAGACGUGAGGGUGGAUGUCCGUUACCAUCUGUGCCGGGGGCCCGGGAGCAACAUCUGGUGUGCAGCCAUCAGGAAAAAACACUGAAAACAAUGUCUGUAAGUGACUUCCGUGUCUCUGUGAGACCACACGUGGGUUCCUUGAGGUCCCAGCGAUGGGACCAGAGGCAUCUAGAGCACAAAGCAGAGCCGACGGAGGUGUGGCUGAGACUUUGUGGGAGGUGGGAAGGAGCCGUAGAGGGGAACUAGAGACCACGGCUUAGAAGGAGACCGCCGCAUGGGUCACUUCCUCCUCUGCACAACCGGUGCCCUGGGGGUCCAGCCACGCACUGUCCCGGAGGCCUCAGGAGGCGAGCCCUUCCCAGUGCACUUCGGAGGAUGGCGCUUCUUCUGCGUGGUUGAUGUGGACCCUGUGGGGCCGUCAGUUUGACACUAAGUGGUCCCCAGAGGAGAGCCCAGGAGCCGAGCUCCCCAGAUCCAGGCGCUGCAUGCACCCUGGGGUCCUGGUUAUGACCUCGCCUCCGGUGGCGCCACCUGCUGGUGCUAGUGGGGACAGCUCACGGGCCGCUGGGCGGACGCAACAGGCCUGGGGCUGCUGCGGCUGAGGACGGGGCCGCCUCCCUGGUGACUGAGUCUUUGCUAUUUCAUAAGAAGGGAGAAACCACUGUAAAAGACAGGAGGAAGGAGCAGAUACCAGAUGUUUCAUUUCUAGAAUUAAAAAAAAACAAAAAAAUCCAUUUGGUUAGGAUAAAACCACCAUCUUACUGAGCCUGAACGGGCCAUGGGUCUAAGCGCUGCUGGGGACUAGAGAUACUGUUAUCGUUGGAGGGAAUCCCCUUCACCUAGGAAAACCUCAUGGAAUAGACUCUGCUUGUCAUGUUUGAUGGACUGUUUCGAUUAGCUGGCCUCCAGGGAAUACUCCCGUAGGCAGCAGCUACUGUUUCCCCGCCCUGAGCAGUGUUAAGACGAGACAGACUUGAAGAAACGCUGGACCUGGCGUCAGCAACCUGUGUGCCGGCCCGGCUCCGCCGUACCUUCCUCAUGUCAUUGGGACUCCCUGUCGCCUCUAGGCCAUCUGGAAAAUAAGAUAAGGGGGUGAGGAGGUGGAUUGAGUGGUGGCCAGGAUCAUUUCUAACUCUGAUCUUUGAUGUUCUCUGAAUUUGUAAGUUAGAAAAAAAAAAAAAGUGACCCAUGGACCAACAUUUGCACAGCUUUUGAGUGUGGCUUCUAAUGGGCAUGUGAAGCACUGCAAGCCCGGGUACGUGGGCUGAUCCGAUGUGUCUAGAGCACAGCUCUGACGGGAUGCCAGCCGGCAAGACACAUAAAUGGGGGCAGAGGGCACCUCCUCAGAGGCGGAAGUGGGCCACGCAUUGUGACUUGUAUGUUAGAGCUCUCUCCCUUGGAGCUGGGAUGGCAGUUGAAUGUGUGGGCUUGGAGCGGUGGCUGUGGUGACUUGAAGCACCUGUGCCUGCCCUUCAGCUUGGGUGAUUAGGUCAGCCAAGUGCAGGCCUUUCCCCGCCUUCGGAAUUCCUGGUGGUCAGCGGAGGGUAGAUUCUGAGGAGAUCUACCUGCGUCUGCUAUGAGGCAGCCAUUCCAGAAAGUGAAUCACUUUUGUGGUGUUCUGUUGGGGUCUAGCUAGCUCUCAGUGAGGCAGUGUCUCUUUGCUGUGUGGCAGAGACCCAGUGGUUGGCUGGUACCCUGGUCUGCAGUUUACAGAAGACUUCCUGAGACCUGGGGGCUGCUACUUUCACGGCAAUCAAACUCAUCAGCAACUCCUGUGGGUCAGCUGGGUGCCCGCCACUGGUCUGCAUUCUGGAUGGGAGUGGGAAGGAGCAGAGGGUGGUUUCACCCUUGGGUUCUGCUGAUGAGAUGUGCAGAUCAGUCAGACUCUGCUGUCACUACUGGGUGGCAUUCCUAAACCUGAGGGCAUUGUAUGUUUUCUGCAUGUAUUUUUUCCUAGCACUUGUCCUUGUCUAGUUUCUAAAGGGACCAUACUCCUGAGCUUCUAGUAUGCACCAAGGUGGAACAGGGCAGGGACCUUUUACCUCUUGGUUGGAAUAGCCCAGGAUGCCACCCCUCCCCCACCCCUUAGGGCAUUUUGAGUGCCGCAAAGUGACUUGCAACCCAGGGGCUGGAGAGUGCUUCCCCUGGACUGUACUUAGCUGGGCUCUAGAGAGAGAGUCCUGAGACCCGCCCCCCACCCCCACCCCCCCCCAAGUCCUCACUGGCUGAUCCCAGACUAGCUCACAUACACUAGGAUUUAAUCUAAGCCAAUCUAGCAUUACUGCACUUCCUGAAAGCAUUCUGUGCAUUUCCUCUUUUCUACUGAGGUCCAUUUAUUUACUCAGCUACCAGACACUGCACAUCCAGCGUGUGCAAGGCACCAAGCUAGGCUCUGUGAGUAGUAACACUAAAGUGUUUUCACUCUAAUAUAGGGAGGGACCUGGGAGAGACUGAGGCUAAUAAAUUGCAAAGUCAAUGAAUGAUUAUAGAAAGAACUGUGGGCUCCAGAGGGAGGUGAACAUUUCCAAUUAGAAGGAGUCGGGGUAGCACCAUGUAGGAGGUGACUGUCUGAGCCAAGCCUUGGAGGGUGUCUGGCAGCUAGAACCAUAUUUUGCAUAUUCAUGAAUUCAGAUGUUCCUUGAUUCAGCCUGAGUGAGAGAAAGGAGAGCAAAAGGAGGUGGAUGGGGAGAGGGCGAGGACAUAAUCCCCACACACUCUGAGGUUGCCGAGAGCAUUUCUGAGGACCCCUGUCCUUAGUGCGGAAGGUCAGAACCCCAACUGCCCCCGCUGGACCCAGGCCCGUUAGCUUUACGGCAGCCUGAGGCCUUCCUGAGGUGCCCACGUGGACAGUGGCAGGUGGGACACUUGGCCACUUGUUCACGUAAAAACCUCAGUCCUGCAUCUUCUGGUUUUGACAGGACCACGUUUAGGACUGUUGCCCAUCUCUGCUUCUUUCAUAGAGAUUGCCACUUGACUGGGUCCCCCCCACCCCGUACUAUACCCCAGAUACCAGGUUUGGGGGCUAGUGUGACCCAGAAGGCACUGGAGUCCCACGCCACCGAGCACACAGCUCAAUCCCUAGCCUUUUCCCAGGCCAGACACACCAAGACUGGAGUUCAGGGCCUUCGACACUAGGUGGCAGCAGUGUGGCUGUGAUGCCGCUGGCAGUUUCCCACCGGGAAGAGCUAGGGAUAAAGCUGAAGGCUUGCUUCUGGCUUAGAGCACUUACUCUGAGCUCCUGGUCUCCACUGCAGUCCUUGGCCUUUAAAGGACCACCCAGCUAGCUUGCUUACAAGUGUGACCCCAUUCAGGGUUGCAGGUACUGCCAAUGCUCAGCUGUGUGAUCUUAAGCAAAUCACUGCUGGAGAAAUGGGGUCGAGGAAUGUAAGACAAGGGCCAUCUGGUGCUCAUGUUCUCUGAUUCUCAUUUAAGGAGCUGCUGUGUAGUCUCUGAGUGACCGGCGAGACUUAAGUGUUUGCAAUAGGCCAAGGUAGUUUGGGGUGGACAGGAGAGGGAGGAAAAGUGCUUUGAUACAGUGAGAGACUUUACUGGCCUGUUCAGAUUUACCUAGAUGAGUAUUUUUUCUAUUCUGAUGGUUGGUCCCUGAAAUACUUGCAGAUUAGAGACAGGUCUACGGAUGGACCACAGGAUAUACUCACGACAAGGGUUCCGCCUUGAGCCCCAGCCAUCUCCCGUCUGGAAGGAACUGCGGAGGUGACGUGGCUACAAAAGGAUGAGGCAGGGAACUAGCACAUAAUGAGUGCCUGACCUGUUAAGACAUUUGAGUGCCUGUCAUGUGCUAGGCAUUAGUUGGGCACUUCCAAAUGCUUUAUCUCACUGCAAAUAUGAUAGAGUGGGGAUAGUGCAGGCUUUGGUAUGGGAUGUUCUGGGUUCGGAUUCCACACUGCCGCUUGUUAGUAAGGUGUCCUUGGGCCAAUUACUCAAUCUUUCUGUAUUGCAGUUUUCUCACCUAUAAAAUGAACUUUGUAUUCUGUUUCUCUGUGGGGACACAGAAUCCAGGGGGGCCUCUGGUUAUGUGGAUUAGAGCAUCCAGCACAGUACCUGGGGCAUAGUUGAUGCUGAACCACUGCUGUUUCUUCUUCACUCUGCAGUUGGGUGUAUUAUUCUUGUUUUACAGAGCUCUCGGUGACAAGAAGUGAGAAUCUUAAAAAGAUAACUGUUAUCCUAGAUAAGAGGUGUUGAAGUUGUUGCCGUAGGAAUCGUCACGUCUGCUGUACAGCAUGAAGGGAUGUGGUGAGAAAGGAGAAGACGAUAGAGAGGAGGGGGUAAAGGCUAAGUGGCACUUGGGAUUCAGGAGAUCUGAAGGAGCGAAACUGAGCUUUUCUGUUAAUGGCUAUCGAAGGUGGUAGAGCCCCAGGCUGGUGUGGCAUCUGGAAUCAAAGCACAAGCUCAGCUUUGAGUAAGGGGUGCUCUCCCUGAGAUGUGACCUGGAGUCUCAGGGCCGCCCCAUCCUGCAGUGUCAGUGAAUGCUUGGCCUUGGCUCUUGGGUUCAGACUCUCUGACUCUCCGAGGCCCUGAGGGAAGAGGCAGCGCAGGGGCAGGAGUCCAUGCUGCCACCCACAGUGUACACAGAACCCCAGGUGAAUUCCGUGGGAGAGUGAAGGGAAAUCACAUUUCUCACCCUGAAGCAAAGGAAAACGGCUGUGAACACAGUCGUGUGUGAGUACAAGAGGGGGCAGAGCCGGACCGUCCUUCUGGGUUGGGGAGGGGAACACACAGAAUCCAAGGAGGCCUAGGGAGGUGAAGGGGAUUGUCCAAGAUCUCAAAGGGGAUUAAGCAGGGUCGGGGCUGAAACGCCAGGUCUUGGCCAUGUGACUGAGAGAAGGAAAGAGCCAGCUUUGCAGCUCGAGGAGGAUGAGGGAUAGUUAACAGCCAUCAUUAUUAGAAGGCCAGUAGAGCUUUACUGGGCAGGUAGGACUAGUGUAAACCAAGGAGUUUGGGAGACUGGAAAAUCUGCUUGCCAGACCUAUAAAAAACUGCAGGCCUAAGGUGACUGGAUUCACUGGAAAGAAUUCAAAGCACAAACUCAGAUCUGCGUAAGGUUACCAAGAGCACAGUUCUCACUAUUUUUAGGAGAACAAAGUACGCAAAGCUGUGUUCAUUUCCCUCAGAAAGCAUUUUCCUGAGCAGUAUUAACAGCUUAAGAAUUAAAAGCCACUUCUGUUUUUCCUUUUGACACCACCAUUUUGAAGUAUCACUGAUCAUUGGUGAGUCUGACCCUCCCAAAGGAAAAGACAGUCCUAGGGAGGAUCACAGGCCCGGGCAGGUGCCGCCACACUGAGAGUGCAGGGGAAAGAGCCUGUCUGGCUGGAACUAGGUCUGUCAGUCAGUGAUGCGGACAUGCUUCAGGGACAGAGCCCUAUGCUGUGUUCUGAUAAUGGACCCCUGGAUGCAAAGGUGGUUAAAAACAAACCUUCAAGAUAAAGACAAGCUGAUCCUAAAAUAUAGUUCACUUGAAGUUUUUGGAUGCUUAUUUUUAAGAUUAAAAAAUGCUUAGGAUUAUUAUAAACCAAUAUUUAUCAAAAAAGUAAAAGUAUACUUAGAAUAGUUUUGUUUACCUGAUUACGUAUCUGGUUUUUGGUCUGUGUAUAGCUGUGCAAAUUGUGAACUUGUGCUUGAGCUUGUGGACUGUGGACUUUCUUGGGUGGGUGUCUCCCCCUUUACCCCCACCCCUGUUUUCCACAGACAUGUCUCUGUCUCCAGCCUCCCUUCCCAUGGGCUAAAAAGAGGAAGGAGACUGAGCAGGAAGGGGCCAACUGUUGCACGGUCCAUACCACAGUCACCUGCGUACAUCUAUCCAUGUGUCUUUCAUAAAUUCCCGCAAGACAGUUAGUGACCUGGAAGUGACCAAGAAAGAGACAACAAACAAACAAACACUGUUAACCCAAAGUUCUAAAGGAGGUUUAAUGAAUAGCAGUGCUGUCUCUCGGUAUGUCCAUCCCAUAACCAAAGUCCAAGGGCGGGUGGUAGAUUAUCAGAGACUUGGAACAGCCUCAAGGCACAGAGCCCACCACCUUUAUCUGACCCUAUACCUGCCACCACUAAAGCCGCAUUCCUUUUCUAAGUGGGUAAGUAAGUGAGCCCCGGGGUCCAGUGUCUCCACUGCAACAAACACUGGAUCAUGGAAGCAGCCAGGACUCAUGAACUCUGCCUCUGUAGAAUGUCUUCUCCCCUAGCUGCCUCCUUGACUGCUUGUCCGGCCUGCCCUGCUCCUUUAUAACGUACAACACCAAAACUACAAAAUCGCUAAAAGUAGGGGGCCUGAUUCCUUGGACAAAUACCACUUUGUAAUGUUUGGGUUUAAAAAAAAAACAAACAGUUUUAGAGCCGUUUUAGGUUCUCAGCAAAACUGAGCAAAAAGUUCAGAAUCCCCCCACUCCCACCUGCCCAGCCUCCUCCACUAUCAACAUCCUGUGCCAGAGUGAACAAACGCCAUUGAUUUUCUCCUGCUGCUCUUCUGGCCAGUCACCCUUGACCCCACUGAGUGCUCCAGUCUGGGCUGUUGGUUUUCCAGCACUUCUCUAUAGCAUAAUCCCUCUUACUGUCAUAUAAUGUAGUGUCAUAUUAUGCGCCGCAGUAGUCUUUUCAGUUAUUCUGUAAACCCUUCAACCUCUCAUGGGGUCCUAACACAGCCCCUGGGAUAUAGGUGGUGCAAAUAUGACUACCUCUAUCUGAGGGAGGAGGAAACAGAAGCCCAAAGAAGUCACAUGGCUUGAGCAGAUCACGUAACUAUUUGGGUACCAGAAACUGAGACCUGGCACUUUUUGGAAAUCAUGCAUUUGCCCUGUUUGGCUAAACUUCUAACUCACUCCUUUCUUUCCCUUUGACCAUUUAGCAUAUUCCUAAUAUGGAGACAUAUGCGUCCUGCCCAGGCUAAGAGCUAGAUGUUGAAGCCCAACUGAAGUUACCGAGCCAACUAGAGUUAUUUUUUCCUCUAUCCAGAAAGCCAACCUGUCUUCUCUCAGCAGGAGGUGUCCUUGGGCUUGCAGCCAUCUUCCGGGGAGGAGCCGUCCCUGGUCCCCACACGGGAGAGGGAUGCUUUGCCUGGCCACACCUGUGAGUCUAUUCAUGGCCCAACCAGAGUGAGCAGCAUGACAGUUUAGGAGACAGGAGAGAGGAUGACUGAAGGGUUACGCCUGCAGGAGCAGCUUCAAGGCGUAACCCGUAAAACACAGACCGGGGUGUAGAUGGCUUAAGUCGAGUGAAGGUGGGCACCAGAGAGGAGGAAGACCAGGAAUUAGAAGACUGGGUGGUCAACACUUUCAGCUGAAAUCUAGAAGUUGGAGAAAGGAAGGCCAGAAGCCAGGGCUCUCAGAACUGGCUUGUGCUGACAUGGUGUGUGAGUAUCCAUGAUGCUCUGGGAUUGCUCAUAGCCUAACCCCUGUACUCAGGUAAUGAGGGACCACUAAUCAUGAGAGAUGAUGAUUGAGUGGGGGUGGAGAUAACGUACUUUGGAAGGAGAAAUGAAAAAAAGCUCUGCUAUGUGAUUCUGUCACACAGAAGUCAAAACAGAAAAGGUUAUUUAAU